GGUAGGGGUAAGGUUUGCGUACAACUACUCUCCCCAGACUGCACUAGUGGGAUUAUACUGGGUGGUUGUUGUUGUUGUUGUUUUAUAUUUGGUGUUCUAGUUCAAGCCUCUUGUGUUGGUCUUCUGAUUUUUGGCUUGGAUUUCAGUGAGGAUUGAUAUAGCCGACCUCGUUUUUUGUUUGGAACUACGGCGUAGUAGUAGUUGUUGCUGUUGUUGUAUUUCAGUAAACUAACUUUCUAGCUUUAUGUCUUCUUAUGAUCCUAUGUUUCAAAUCUUGAAAUGGUUUCCUCUUGUAUGGAGGUUAAGUAGUUUAUAAAGAAAAUUUUCAUUAUCCUAUGCAGUUUUCUUGUCAGAGGGGAGUCUUGACGUAAUUGGUAAAGUUGUUGUCAUGUGACCAGGAGGUCACGGAUUCAAGCCGUGAAUAUAGCCUCUUGCAGAAAUGCAGGGUAAGGCUACGUACUAUAGACCCUUGUGGUUUCGACCCUUCCCCGAACCCAGCGCAUAACGGGAGCUUAGUGCACUGAUCUGCCCUUUAAGCAAUUUUCUUGUAGCUGAAAAUUUAACAGAGAGUAGUUAGAUUUUGUCAAGAAAAAAAUUGGACCUGUCAUGUUUUUUGAAGCUAUAGAUAUAUUCAUUUGUGGAAGUUAUACAGUUGACUACUUUCCUUUAUCCUUUUUAUGGAACACAAGAUCUAAAAAAAGUUGUGUUUUAUAGUAAAUCUUUCCUCAAUCUGCAUAUCAAAUUUGUUAACUUUCUUGAAUUAUAUAUAAUUAGUCAUAUAUAUUGGAUGAAGGGGAGCCUUGGCGUAACUGGUAAUGUUGCCAUGUGACCAAGAGGUCAGAGGUUCAAGCCGUGGAAACAGCCUCUUGCAAAAAUGUAGGGUAAGGUUGCGUACUAUAGACCCUUGUUGGUCCGGCCCUUUCCCGGACGCCGCGCAUAGUGGGAGCUUAAUGCAUCGGGCUGCCCUUUUAGUCAUAUAUAUAUUGGACAGAUACGAGUUUAAAUAGAGCAAUAUGGAUAGUGAGGAUUCAUAUAGCUUUUCCCAACUUGCUCGCGAUUUAGGCAUAGUAAUUGGACUAUAGUUAUGGUGUUAUUUAGUCCUUUGUAAAGUGAUUCCAAAAAGGUAGAUGUAGGUCUUAAUUCUUACUUAUUUGUGUGUGUGAUAAUUCAUUGUUUUUGCUAUACUAAACUGCAGAGAAUUCAUAAUAUUUUGUGGUUUAUAUUGCAAUCUUUCCCUUUGAUGGGGUGAGUUGUACUUCCUGUUUCAUUAACUUGUUAGGACUUUAAACAACACUGUCGAUGAAACGCCAUUCUCAGAAAGUCUAAAUAUAGAUCAAACGAAAGAAUAUUUGUACUUUGAUAGUCGAUCAGAAUUUGCAGCAGAACUGAAGUGAAAUCAAUAUGUUAAAACUGCAGCCAAAUGAGGCCACUUGAAUUAUCUGUAAAACAUUUAUCUUACUCUAUCGAUAUGUUGUUAGCUGCCUUCUCAUUUUUCGCCUAAAAGUUAGUCCUUUAUCCCUUGUUGGAGAUGCUGCGACUGAGAUAAAAAUCGCAAAAAGGACUCAUAUGGAGUUCAUGUUACACCAGAAAAUGGAACAGAAUGGAGUUCAUGUUACACCAGAAAAUGGAACAGAAACAUCAGAUUUAAUUGGUCUUUUGGUGAAUAGUUUGAAUUUUCUUCAAUGGUGUCACUAUGGUAUUUUGCAGCCUUUCCUUUCUGAUAAUGGACAAUGUUACUAAGUCGACGAUCGCUCAUUUGUUUCAAUUGAUCACUACACAGUGUAAGUUCCUAAUUUUUAACCAAAAUGCAAACACCAAGAUUCAAUCUUGAAGUUGAGGCAUUGUUUGAAGAUGAUUCUGAUAUUAUUAGCCAGGUAGCUUCUAAUAUAUGUACCGUUGAAUCGUUCACGGAUCCUUACAAGGACAGAGUUAUAGAUUUCACUAAGUUAAGUUCAGAACCAGUGUCACUUGACUUGUCUCUUAGCCAGGAUUCAAUAGGCUUUUCAGUAUCCAGCACAAGUGAAAGCAGCAAUGAACAUGCAACACAAAAUUCAGGAUCAGGAUCAGGAUCAGGACCGGCAUUUCAAAGAGUUUUUAGUUGCAAUUUCUGCCAAAGGAAAUUCUAUAGUUCACAGGCUCUUGGUGGUCACCAGAAUGCACAUAAAAGAGAACGAACACUCGCAAAACGAGCUAUGAGAAUGGGAAUUUUCUCAGAAAGGUAUGCUAAUUUGGCAUCUUUGCCAUUACAUGGAUCUACAAUAAGGUCUUUAGGAAUCAAAGCACAUUCUUCGCUACACCAGGGAUCCGCACCAGCAAUGAGGCCAGUCGAUUUUAAAACGAGCGCAAGAUUUGAGUAUAGUAAUUGCCAAAGUCCACCUUUGUACAUGCAAAAUGAUGAAGCUGAUCAAUUACUAUGGCCAGGAAGUUUUCGUCAAGUGACAAAUCCCGGUACCUCUCUUACUAAUUUUUCUAUUGCUGGAUGUUCAAAUGUGACUUCUUCAUACGACGAAAAAGAUGAACCAAUUACACCAGAUCUCACCCUUAGGCUUUGAGAAGUUUGAGAGCAAAUACACCACUAUCAUUUAGCUAUCUUAUUUUAUCUGUAUAGUGAUAUAUAUUGUCCUAAGUGUGGAUUCUGAGAAAGUAGAACUUUCACAGAUAAUUCUGCUGGAUUUUCCGUUUGCUUUGUAUCAAGAUACUGUGCACAAUGCCACAAUGCCUGCCCAAGCCAGUGUGAUUGGGACAAUAUUAGAUGAUUGUUGUACAAUUUGAAUGUAUUAGUUAUGACUAGUAUUCCCUCCUUAUAAGCUUGAAUUACUUUUGAGAAUGGACGACUAUAACUUGGUAUGUG